AUGCCUCAUGCCAUGCAAGCUGAGAUUAACAUCAAAGAGGGAGGCUGCUUCCCGGGCGCGGAAGACGCGACAGAGAGGUUCUGCGACUUUAUAGCCAGAACCGAGUUCGACGAUAUUCCAGAACAAGCUAUUGCAAAACUCUUCGAUCUCAUUAUUGAUCACAUUGGAGUAGGAGCCGGCGGAGGAGCCCAUUCGGAGUCGAGCGAGCAUAUCAUCAAAGGCGUCGAGGCUUUUGCGGUGGGCAUGGUUGGCAAAAGUACGGUCUACGGCAAAGAAAAGACGUACCCGAUCCAAAUCGCGGCUAUGUUGAAUGGAGCGUUUGCGCAUUCUUUCGACUACGACGAUACGCUAGCUGUUGGUAUCAUUCACCCUGGUGCAAGUAUCAUUCCCGCUGCUCUGGCGCAGGCCGAAGCUUCGAAUGCGCCUGGAACUCUACUGCUCACGGCACUCUCGGUCGGGUAUGAGGUCACUUGCCGUCUCGGACGCGCGUUGUCGAGCGGUGGAUAUCCCCGAGGCUUCCACAACACCAGCACGGCCGGGAUUUUCGGAUCGGUUGCCGCCAUCAGCAAGAUCAAGGGCCUGACUUGCGAGCAAAUUUACAACGCAUUUGGUCUCGCCGGGUCCAAGACAGCCGGUUCCAUGCAGUUCCUUGACAACGGGUCUUGGAAUAAGCGGUUGCACCCUGGCUUCGCCGCCCACGAUGCCUUCCUGUGUGUUGCCCUCGCCGAGGCCGGCGUGACUGGGGCCUCCCACAUCAUUGAGGGCAAAUGGGGCUUCUUGCAGGCGCACUCUGCGAAUGUCAAUCCUGUCGGGUUGGUCGACAACCUCGGAACGGAAUGGUUGUGCCCAGCAACAGCACUCAAGCCGUUCCCCGCGUGUCGAUUCACUCACACCGCCAUCGAAGUCACAGCAAAACUAGCCGCAAAGUCCGACGCGCAGAAGCUGCCGGACAAGAUUAUCAUAUGGUUGACUCGUGCUGGGUAUUCCAUCGUCGGCGAGCCCAGUUCUAACAAGAAACACCCCAAAACGAUUGUCGACGCUCAAUUCAGCAUUUACUACCAAGUUGCUGUCGCGUGGCUCUUUGGUAGCGAUAUUGGCUGGGCUACAUACGACGCCGACAAGAUUGAGAGCAAGCAGGUCGCGCAGCUUUGCGACAGGAUAGAGGUGAAAGUCGACGAGAAACUUGAGAAGGAAUUUGCGGUGCGGAUGGCCUUUUCAGGCAUAGGUGGGGUAGGCGAUAUCGAAGAAGCCAUGGUGUAUCCCCUUGGCGAAGACGAGCAUCCGUUCUCACACGAGCGAGUUGAGAAGAAAUUCAGGGGACUCGUCUCAUCUGUCUAUGGCGAUGAUCGUGCGGAAAGGAUUUUGAAAGCUGUACGGGGGCUUCCCAAAGGCUUGUCGCAGGAUCUGACAGAAUUGCUGUGA